AUGCAAAGCAUGUGGUCCCGUGCCGCUCCGUCGCAGGCAUCCUGCCGGUGUGUGUCCUGUUUGAGUACCGUUACCAACAGCGUCACUUCGCGGUCGGCAACAGCUGCCAGCAAGAGGAAAUUGAGAAUUGGAAACUCCGUCACGGCGCUUUACACAAGCAUAUUUGCAGCCGCUGCUCUAGCGGACGCAAAGGCCAAGACCAAGCGUCGAGAUGAUCUUGCGGAGAAAAUUGCCGCGGUCAAGGCGGAGGUGACCGAACUCGUGGACGAAGAACAACGGCUCCUCGAGUCCCUACUGUCACGCAGAAAGAGCAGGGGUAUCAAUCGGGUCCUUCUCGACCAAGGGCUUGGUGGCAUGGUAUUCCCCCAAAGAGGGCGCCAACGGACGACGCUGAGCCAACCUGCACGGUCCUUCCACACAACACGCCGCCUCGGCAUUCAGAGUUCACAAGCUGAUGAGAAUGUACCUGUACCGACGGAGGAAUUCGGGCACCUUGAUCUUCAAGAAGCGGAGGCGAGUGCCUUACGAGCGGCCAUGAAUGAAGCACUUCCCGACUGGGUUGUGGGGGAUACGGCUCGCAUCAAAGCUGUGCAAAAGCUUGCACUCAAACAAUUUGCUAUCCGCAUCUUGCUUCGGCCAUCAAUAGCGCAUAAAUACGCGGGUGUACCGAUGAAUUACGGGGCCGAUUUUGAUGUCCCGCCUGUCGAUGUGAACAACUUGCUCAAUGAAUUGAACGUUAUCCGGCGGCAGAUGAACGCACUCCUACACAAGCGAAAUGUGGAUUUAUCAGACGCAAUUGAGGAUUUUGAUGCGAUGCGCUCCGAAGAGGCAAAAGAAAACGACCGCAGACUCGACGAAGAGCUACGGGAGUAUGUUCAGCUAUUCACCAGUCAACAGAUGUCUCUACAGGAACUUCUGCUUCGCAUCUCCAGCAACCUGAUCAAGUCCGCAGACCCGGACCGUACUGCGGCCUUCCGAGAACUGCUCAUCAUAUUUACGCAAACGCGCCAAAAUGAUCUCAAUGACCUCCUGCUCCAGUCACUCUUGCCCAAUCGGUUCUAUCUGAGCACCUCGCUCAUUGUGACAAUCAUCUCGUUCUUCCGCAAGUCCAAAAACCUGAAGGAUUUCGAUCUGUUCCUACAAAUGCUCAGUGGCGAGGGCUACACGGUGAAUUUGGGAGCAAUUGGACUCUUCAGGAGACGCAAGAUCAACGGUCUGACCACGGUCAUUCCGCCAUUGUAUGGGAGCAGCACCGUCAUCUACACAGAACUCAUUGCGGCUGCAUUACGGUUCAAUCAGCCCGAUCGAGCAGAUGCCUGGCUUCAAGCUGCGAGGAAAUCAGGGUUUUUCGAUAACUUCAACACCUUGUUCACAUAUAUCCGUUUCUAUAGCAUCCGGCAGGACUGGGAGAGGGGCCUCAACGCUUUGAAGAGAGCAGUUACCUACCUUGUCUCGUCUACGGAUCUUUCUCCGAGACUAGUCGAGCGUUUGCUGCUGUACAUGGUACAUCUGUGUGAUUCAUGCUGCCAGAAGGAGGUGUCUCAAAACCUGAUAUCAGCCGCGGUUCAUUGCGGGUUCAACCCAAACAUCCCCUAUCAGCACAAUGACAUCACACCUCUCGUGGAUCAAGAGGGGCAAAGAUGGAAGAAGGCCGCCGAGAUGGCGCCCCAACACAACUUGUCUCGCCCACUCUGGCAGAAAUGCUACGACUUUGCACAUGACUUUGGUCAGCAGCUCAACCAUCUCGAUACAGCCGAGGAUGAUCUCACAUCGCGAAAACUAAAUAGGCUCGCUGCUGUCCACGCACACGAUGCUCUAUCUGCUGUCCUUCCUCGACACAAUGAGCAAUCUCUUGACCGGCUUCCGGUAUCGGAUCCAGCGAAUUCCGCCCAGAAUCAAAGCUCUUCGAACGAGGAGAUAGCCGCAUUGAAAAAUGAAGUUUCUCAGCUUCGACAGCUGGUCUAUGAAAUGCGAAAAUACCACAUCGAGGCUUCUUUCAAAAGAGACAUCCAUCAUGACCUUGAGUAUGAAGACUCAUUACUGAAAUCAUCUCACUCGCCCGCGCCUCAAUCAUCACCUCACGAAACCCACAACCCGUCCUCUCGGUCUCGGCGCACAUCAAUGAGCAUCGAGUUCGAACGUUCAUCACCGCCGGUUGAACGUGAUGAACAAGCCGCCCCGUCAUCCAAUUUCUCUUUCCGUCCGGCGCAAGUCAUGAUGGGCCCUGCACACGUCCAGGACCACUCCAUCGACACCGCUGAUGUUCAAAUGCCUCGGCCGACGCAAAGUCCAUCACAGAAAUCAAGCCGGGCUCGCAAGAAUGCGAGAAAAAGCUUUACCGUGUCAUCUCAAAGCGCUGCUGGUCGGGCAUGA